AUGGUGACAAUCUAUACCUACAAUGCACGCACACUUGCAUCCGAAUCAUCGAUAGAAGAAUGGCUCAUGCAAGCAAGAAGGAUAAAGUACUACGUCAUCGACCUGGCCGAGACGAGAAGACGCCAUCCUUCCAAAGCUGUUUAUGACACCGGAGAAGGACUGUUCCUCGGAACAUACCGUAGUAUAGUCGGCGGCGUCGGCGUUCUCGUCAAAGCGAGUUUGCAUAUGAACAUUGAUUCAUUCGAACAACCAACAACCCGAAUCGGACGUCUACGAUUAAAAAGAUAUGGGUGA